AUGGAACUCAAGGAAGCUCAUCGCGCUGAGAAACUCAUGCAUCAGACACAAGAUAUGAGCCAACAUGCUGUCAUUGUCACUCACCUACAGCGCGCUCUGGUUCUCGAGCAGCACCUCCAAGAGUUCGGACGUCCAUCUGGCCGGUUGCACUCAUGGCUCAUGCAGCCAUCAAAGUAUGGCGACAACACUCCUCGUGCCACCAUGUACGGAGUGGAUGCUGCACAGCUGGAGGGCCAUAUGCACAUUGAGUACGGACAGACAGACGACGAGUCGGAAGGCGAGCAGGGCCCAUCUGAGGUCGUCCACCCCGUUGCCAACAAUCACGGCCGUCCUUCUUCUACAAGCGCUACCGCCCAACAAGUAACUCAAGCAGCUUCACCUCCAGCCCAAGAGCAUACCCCAUCGUCACUCGGACACACCACGGCGACUUCUGUUAUCAACAACGGCAAUGGCAGCUCAGCCGUUGCGCAGCGGAGUCAAGGCAUCCUCGUUCAUGUCUCACAAAGCACGCCAACUUCGUCUCACUGGAACGGCAGCUCAGUUGUCGCCAGCGCUGGUUCAAGCUCACGACAAGACGCGACCUCGACUCAACAAGUUGGCCCCUUGCCAGCCAUCAAGUCCAACGAGAAAGUUACGAACGUCACCGCAGUGGAAGCAUGCGGCGAACACACCAAGAAGGCUCCUUCCGUAUCUGCACAAACGCUCGAUCUCUCAUCUUUGAUCCAGAACAUCAGUGCAACCAUCGGUAGUGCCAACAACAGUUCCAAGAACGAGACUGCGGGUUACGACGGAGACUCGGAGUCAGGUCACGUCAACGCUUCUGACGAUGAGACCGAUUCAUCCGAUGAUGAUGCCACCACCGCCCACAAAGUCCAGCGCAGCGGAAAGCACUCAUCUGGCUCAGGCCUUCUUCAGCGAGCUACCGCAACGAGCCGUCGGCCUCAUUCUCAUCUUCGUCAACGCACCAACACCGCCGGCAUCACCAGAGCCCAGGGUCAGGCACGACAGCAACCAUGGUCCGCGCGUGUGGCACCAAAGCAGGAAUUGACGGAGAAGCAGCAGCGUAUGAUACGCAUCAUCGCUGAGGCGAUCGAGAAAGUAGUCAAGGUCUCAGGAAACGAGCUGAACGCUUACAGCGACGCCAAGCCCCUGCCGUCGGGUCUCCGUCUGACCGGCGACAAGUACACGGACUACGAUCAAGAUGACCUGAAGACCGAUCGAGCUACUAUUACGGGUUCGUCUGGUGCUGCUCCCUCCAGCGCGAAUCCCACCGGCUCUACUGCGUCUGGCUCUGCUGCGUCUGGCUCUGCUCCCCCUGCUCCUGCUCAGCCUGUCUCUACCCCUACUAUCUCUGGUUCUCAUCCAUCUGGCUCUACUCCAUCUGGCUUCACUCCACCUAACACCACUUCCCUUGGCUCCGUUACGCCCGGCUCCGCUACCCCCAGCUCUGAUUCAUCUGGCUCAAACACCUCCAGCUCCAACUCCUUCACCAGCACCCCACCCACCAGCGACCAGUCCGGAGAAGAUGACUCCAACGACACCUUAUCCGACGACGAGAAUGCCAGCGACAACGAGAGCUUGUCCGAUGACGACGACAGCGACGAGGAGGUGGAGUUCCAGCUGUCGAAGACUCCAGGCAGCACCCCACCCACCGGCGCCCCGUCCGGAGAAGACAGUGACGACGAGGACGUAGACAUGGACGACGACAAGGCCAAGGACGAGGCUGAGAAGAAGGCGAAGAAGAAGGCCAAGUUUCGGAGACUCCAGGACGACAUGGGCGACGUCUUUGAUUUGUGA